GUCAUCGGCGACGCUUCCACGCGCGAGCGAUGCCCACUGCUGGACGCAAGCGAGUACGCACGCUAUGCAACCCCCACAUUCUGGCACUGGCUCAGCAAGCCAACGAAAACCAAUCGUCCCACGAAUGCCCAAACUUGGUGAAUCGAAUCACAUCGUCACACCGUCGACCGCACAACGUCGACGUUCAUCGCAGACCUACCGUUCCUCUGGAGCUUGUCCCAUUGCCACAGGAUCCUCCCCAAACACUCGCGAUUGGCAUCGUUGACACCCCGGACAAGCUCCUCGCCUACUGCCUGCACAUCGUCGACACACACACGGCAGUGGACGACAGCGUCAUCCAGCUCAAAGAAAUCCGAACGGUGGCCGACGCCGUGUUCGCCCCGGCGCGGAAGCCCCUCACGAUCCACUACCUGCAAUACGACCCAUCGCCGCCAUGUCAAUUUACCAACGUGUAUUGGCUCCGUCGCGUCGCCGUCGAGUCGCUGGACUUGAGGCAGCCCUACUUCACCCUGACGUCGCACGCGCUGACCCAUGUCAUGGGCACGGACACCGAAGUGCAUGACGUCGCGACGUGGUUGACAGAGAAGGCCAUCUUUGAUCAAAUCGUGCACAUGCCGUGCAUUCAGCUCAUGCGGAAAAUGACAACGUUCCACACGUGGAAGCAAAACUCGAUUGGGAUGCGGUUUGCGCGAGCCAGAAAACACUUAAUGCACAAGCUCCUUUGGUGCAACCCUGUUGUCCUUCCACAUGUGCCUUCUCUUCGCCACAUGGCGCUGCAGAUGGCGCAGGUAGCAACCAGCUCCAUUGUCGACACGUCCAUUCCCGUUGCAUUCGACGACACCGCCGAGGUUAGCUACGAACUCCAGCUUUCCGACCUGCACGCGACCAUGAGCAACCUCGAAGCGCUCAUCUACACGGCGCUUGCGCCACUCUUGGCAUGCCACGGUCGGUAUGGAGCUGUCGCUGCGUGCACAGACGUCAUCCCGACGUUUAUCCGUGUGGUGGACUUGAUGGUGGUCGAAGCGCUGUUUGAAGCGGUCACGACCUCCAUGGACACACUUCUGCAUUCCAUGACAGGAGUCAUGCCGAGUCAAGGCCACAUCCACGUCGAUGCGGCGGCAGCGUCCUGUGAUGUGCACUCACAGGUCGACUCGUUGUUGGCUCGCCCGUUUGAGCACACAGGCAGCGUCGCGUACAAGCGACUGUUCCAAUUGCACAGCGCCCAACGCGCGCCAGACCCACUCUUUUUUGUCCGCAUUGCCAUCCACGACGCGACGACCUGCACGAUUUCGCCGCCGAAAGAAGCGUGGUUACGAAAGCUGCACGAUUCUUUGGCGCGCUACAUCGGCGCCAUCGACAGCGUCGGCCGCGUCAGCGCGAGGCCCCGCGUCCGCCAGUUUGUAGUCGACCAUUGCCGCCCGUAUUAUCGGCACUGUUUUGCGAACGACAUCCAUCCGCUCUCGGUGAUUGUGAACAAUCACACGCACGUGGCGACGGCCAUGACGCGGCUUCGGGCAGCCAUGGACAUUUACUUUGCCGAGAUCGAACACUUGGCAUCGACAUGCGUGCCGCUCAAAGCCAACUUUCGCCAGCUACAAGCGACCCAGAUCUCGACGGCGACGCUUCCGUUGUCCGUGGAUGCCAUCGCCGCGACCGCCGACAUUUGCCGUGCGAUGCAAAUGUUCAUUGCAUAUCGCCGUGAACUGACUGUCGUGGACAGCGUCCUCCAAGUUGGGUGCUUCCUCGUUGAUCGCAGCAACUUUGUCGGCAACAUGCUGCACGAGUGCAAGACGACAAUUACAGAGAUGUACAGCGCACUGCCCCGCCAUGUCCACCGGUUCAUGACGGCCGUGUUGGACGACCUGGAGCGGAAUGCCACCACCAUGGCGUCGAUCCCCGAGUCCGUGGACGAGUGCACAAGGUGGCUCGAGUGCUAUUGCUCACUCCAGCGAAAACUGUCGUCGAAUGUGCUGGUGGAGCCGCAGCUGAACGCGUUGAAGGGACUCAUUGACUCGAGCCAGGAACACUGCGACGUCCUCUCGGACGACCUGCGCGCCACUCUCAUCACAUCGUUCGAGUCUGGAAGCAAUGCGUGGCGGUUCAAGAGCAAAGCAUUGGCAGAAAACAUGAGCCGCAUUGAAGCGAACCAGCCGUUCUACCUGGACCUGUUUCAUCGCACAUACUCGUCACGGCGGGACGCCCUUGCACUCGAAUUUGCGUCGGCGUCGGCGAAGAUGGACCAAGCCAUGUCGGCUCUGCGCAUCUUUGAUUCGUUUCCGGCCGACGGGUUUGGCGGCCCCGAUGUUCAGCAACUCGUGUACGUCGUUCGCCAUUUCGUGGACCAAAGUGCCGUCCUGCUCAAGUUUGAAUCGCUCGUGGACGCAUUUCGAACGAGCUCUGCGAAAGUGGGGCUCCAGCAGCGUCGCCACUCAACCCGGCAAAUGUCCAUCGACCACAUAUACAAGGACCAUGAUCGCCUCCAUGCAGUCCUCUUCCUUCUUGGCAUUGUCCAAGCUUAUGUGCAGCUUCGAACUCGAGCGAUCGGCACGCCCCUUGCCGACCUCGACCUCCCAUCCCUUGCGACGAAGCUUGCAAGUUUGAAAAAGCAGUCCCAGCCGUAUUGCGCGAUGCUGGGCGGCACCGUGUACCCAUUGGUGGCGCAGUUUUACCCCAGCAUCCAGGUCAUGGACGAUGCGGUAGCAAUUGCCGUCACCAUGGUGCACUCCCAAUUCACGGACGCUCGAUGGGGUCGGCUCACAGCGCACUUGGACCGCCCAGGUGCAACUACAUGCACGUUGCAAGACCUCGAAACUGCUCUCAAGACGCCCGCGUCAACGCAAUUGCUAAUGGAACUCAACAGUGCUGUUCUGGCCGAAACACGCAUCCAGGACACGAUGAGCACUGUCAAACAAGUCGUGGUGGCGCUGACGUUUGAGUUUGAGAGCACCGCGAGCCACGACGACUUGCACGUAACCAACUGCCUGGCGCUCAUAGCGUCGUUGGAAGAUGCGCACAUGACGUUGUUGCCAGUUCGCCACGGCCAGAAUCCGUGGCUGCAUGACGUCGAGCGCCUUGAGACGCGCAUUUUGGACGCCAUCGCGCUGCUUAGCAAGAUCCACACCAUGGAAUCGCAGUGGUCAACACUCUCCACUGCCGCGGCCAUGCCCGAGGUGCAAGCGCAUGCCGACGACGCCAGUAUGUGGCUAGCCGUUGGGGCCAUGGAGUCCACAUGGCGUGAAUGCUUGUUGGCAGUGUAUCGGUGGGAAGACUCUGGCGAUCGCAAAGCGAAUGUCAUGGUGAAGCUUGAGACCGUGUUCCAAGCCGUCGACUUUCCAUCGUUUCUGGGGCUGUGCGACCGCAUUCGGGCAAUAGUCGACUCGUACCUGGCGUCCUUGCGGUCGUCGUUUGGGCGGCUGUAUUUUGUCUCGGACGCCGACAUGCUCCAAUUGUUUCGAAGGUCAUCAAUUCACGCGCCAACCAUGGCGAUCCAGCGGUGUUACCCUGGGGUGGGCACAGUGCAUGCAGCGACAACUCCGCCGGCAACUGCGGAACCGAAGACGUCCGCCGGUCAAAUCGCGGGCCUCAUGGAUGCAGAUUUCAUGACGUGGCUUCUCGGUGACCAUGCCGUGUCGUUCCUCCAUACAGUCGAAUUUCAAUGCACUCCAGACAAGCGUUCCCCGUGGACGCUGCCCCUGCAUCGCCCCGUUAAAGUCCUCGGGCCGCUCUCGUUCUGGCUUGGUCAGUUUGACAUGGUCUUGGCGCAUUCGCUGGCGGUCAAGGUUGCCCACUUGCACGCCACCAUCACCACGUACGACCCGACCGCAACAGCUCCAUCGAUGGCGAACCCAGUGGAUUGUAUGCUCACGUGGUCCGCGACGGUGCCCCCCCAAGUGGCACUGAGUUUGCUGCAUUUGCAAUUCUGUACCGUCGUGGAGAACGUCGUGGCGGCCUCUCCAAAACACAUCAGUUCGUCUCGAGCAUUGCUGGCAUCCACCGCUGCAGCCCAUCGAGUGUACUUUGCCAAACUGGUUGCGUCCAUGCGAGCGGCUAACGAGUGCCACGUCGCGGUUGAAGAUGCGAUUGUAUGGAUGUCGUACCAGGACAGCAUGAUGCGCCGCCUGACGAAAGUGGCGAAUUCUCGCGACUGGACGGAUGUUGUCCACGAGUGGCACAACUGCUUUCGCCUGGCUCAAGCGGCGCCACGGUCGUGCGAUUCAAAAGACAUGCCGACGAGGCAGGCCCGCAUGGGCCAUCUCGUUGUCCCGUGCGGACUUGAAGUCCAGCCCAAGAUGCCGUGGAUGGUCAUCUUACCCGAGACCCAGAGGUGCAUGUUUGCCCUCUUCCACGCCAUGCGCUUGAGUGUGUGUGCCAUGCCGUUUGGCGCCCCCAACACUGGCAAGCGCACCAUGGUUCAAGGCUUGGGGUAUCUCUUGAUGCGGUGCCAAUGGCAGCUCCACUGCACGAGCUCGACAACACGACCACAAUUAACUCGAUUCCUCGCUGGAAUCUCGGCCUUGCACGGUUGGGGAUGCAUGGACAACGCCUUCGAGCUGCCUGUGACGCUUCUGUGCAUGGUCAUGGCUGAAAUGGAGACUCUCCAACAUGCGAGGGCACUGCAAGUGUCAUCGGCAACAUUGGAUGGCCUCAUGACGUGCUCCAUCUUCUUGCCGUACCAAAGCACGACGCUGACUCAGCCCCAAGUCACGCGGUGGCUGGGGGAGCCCCUACGACCGGUCGCGAUCCCGCCCCCCGACCUAGCGUUAGCAUUGCGGGUUCUCUUGGCAGCCAAGGGGUUCAUGAACGAGGACGCAAUAUGUCGUGUGCACAACGUGCUCGCCACGCUCUUUGCGUCGGCUCCUCACAAAUCGUCGUUCUUUUCCAUGCGGUUGCUGCAGCUCAUUGCGUCGACGGCGUGCGCGAUUACAAAGCAGGUCAGCUACAUCAUCCAGAGCCCGAAGGACGGGAAAGGGAGGCACGUUCGCCAUGACGCGUCGCCGUUGAACUUGGCAAGGUACAAGGACGCGAACGUGUUUCGGUUCGCGUUGCUGCUCGUGUUGGAACCCCUCGGGAUAUUCGCCCGGCGACAACUCUAUGCGGUUGUCGAUCAGUUCGUCCCGACCACGGUAGAAUUGACGAUUGAAAAUCCGAUGGUUGCGGCGGCACUCCAAGUCGUCCUGGAACGGUCGCAUUGUGCCCCGAUCCCGUCGCUUGUUCAAAAAGGCGUCGAGCUGCACCACGUGCUCCAGGCGGCGACGCCCGCUGUGGUCGUAGGAAGUGCCGAGACUGCAAAAUCCACGUGCGUGAAAGCAGUCUUGAGAAGCAUGCAGCUGCUCGCGUCGUUGCUUCACGCAAGUUCGGACAAGGCUGCAGGGAACGACGCCCGACCGGCGAAGAUCCGCUUGACGGUCGUGCCAUUGGAUGAACUGAUCGAGCCAAGCACCGCACUGGCGAUCGUGUCGGACGCGUUCAAGGCCAAAGACCGCGUGGCUGCCAACUGCGUGUGCUUUGACGGGAUGAUGCCGUCCUCUGGCGCCGUGGUGGAUUACAUAACAUCCUUGUUCGCAUCGACGACCACCCAAUGGCUUCCCCAUGGCGAGUUUAUCCUUCGGGAACGAGGGAAUCCGAUGGUGGUGCUGGAAGUCGUGUCACUUGCGACUUUGUCGCCGGCCAUGCUAACCAACUGCACCGUGCUGUGCAUGGACCAAGUUGUUAUUACGUGGCAGCAUCUACUCGAUCGGUGGGUGCAACAGCAGCCGUCCAAGGACCACCCGACCAUCGCCCUCGUGCCGUUCGUUCGUGACACCAUCUCUCGGUGCGUGAUGGAGUUUGCACUGCCGUUCCAAGCCACGAUGCCCAAGUACCCCAUGACCCUCUUGAUGGCUAACAUCCUGCACCUCGUUGCAUCCAUUUACGACUCGCUUCAGCCGUCCGUCGCCGAGCCCUUCCUCGAGCAAUGCUUGUUUCUCGCAGUCAUGUGGGGCAUGGGGUCGUAUUUGUCGACCUCCAACCGGGAACGCCUCCAGUCGUUUGUCGUGCAAUCGGUUCACGAGAAGCGGCAGGCGUCGCCGUGGCCAAGCCUGGGCGCGCUCUUUCUCCUUUGUUUGGAACAUGCCUGCACGCUCUUUGACAUGGCCAUCGAUUUGGACGAGAACCGAAUUGCCAGCGCGUCAUCGCUCCACGACCGCCGCAGCUCGUUCUCGGCGAUGACGGCACUUGUUGCGUCCCCCCACAAUUCGAUCGUGGCGACCUCUCCCAUGCAGUUUGCGUCGGGACUGUACUCGAUGCUACGUUCAAGAGGCGUUUCGAUGAUCGUAUCCGGGCCGCGAGGCAGUGGAAAAUCCACGACUCUGCAACACUGGGCCAGUGUUGCAGCUGCCUCGCGGGAUGCGCCACAGGACUUCCUCAACUCUCCAUCGCUCUCCCAGCACGGAAUGCUCAAGCGGUGGAUGCUUCAGACGAAAGCGGGCCGCGAGGUCGCGUUCGUCGACGAUGUCGGCUUGGACGACCCGCGCGUGUUUCAGUUGUGUCGGAAUGCCAUCGGCAUUCAACGUCUGUUUGACGCCAGCAACGGCACGUGGGCCACUGUCCAUGCCACGAUCUACGGCAGCGUCGGCGAUUCGCAGCUGGAUCAACUCUCCAGCCACGAGCGCCUGCGUUUCCUUCGGCACUUUUACGUUGUCAAGCUUACGGAGCCGUCGCGGGACGACCUGGUCGCCAUCUACGCAGAGACGACUGAACGCAGCGUCGGUCGGCGUCUGCAUCCCGAGGAGCUGUGGAUUGUCCAGCGAACGAUCUCGACGCUUCAACAAGUGAAGCGGGACCUGCCACCGCGGCUCCUUCCGCAAUAUCACUUUGGCGACCACUUGAUCCAGCACAUCGUGGACGCGACGCUGUCGCCAGUAACGCAAUCCGACGCCCUGACCUGGACGUGGCUGGUGAAUAUGAAAACAUUUGUGUGGGAUGCGCUAGCCACGGACACGCACCGACAGCGCGUUCAGAGCGACAUCCAGGCGGCGGUCGGAACCAAAGACACUAUGACUGGUGUCGACUUUGAAAGCAUGGUCUGGCACGUGCCGUGGGUGUCGGCCAUCCUCAAAGCCAGGCAUUCCACGGCGACAAGCAGCAGCGGCAUGUACACUUGCGUUCGAGACCACAUCGUGGCCGAGCACCUUCGCCUGCAGUGCGUUCACGGAAAGGUCGACUUGGUCUGGGUCCGCGCGAUGAAUUCCUCUCUCGUCGGCUACUGGAUCAAGCUCAUGGAUGCCCUCCAGACCAACAAACAGGUCGUCGUCGUUGGUGGCGACCGGCAGUGCCACAACAACGUGGUCAAGCUCGUCGGCCAUUUGUCGCAUACCAAGUUCCUGUCUUGUCAUGAACUCACGGCUCCAGGUGGAGUGACGACGCUGCUCGAAACGCUGUGCGACCUCACUGGAGUCGUCAACGAGAGGGUGCUUUUCUCGAUCCACGGCGACACCCUGGCCAAGUGGCCGACUCUUUGGUCGUUUGUACUCGACUUCUUCCGUGGCCAUGCGACAGCUGCCUCGCAAGCGUUUGUGGUCAAGCACACCAAGUUUGUUCCCCCGACCACGGGCACUGGGAAUGGCCACGUCGUGCAGGACAUUAUGCGACGAAUGCGGUCGAAUCUGUGCUGCGUGAUCCAUUUCUGUCCGGACACUGCCAUGCCCACGUUGCCGACGGAGGCGGACCGUCUUGAUGCGCUGCUUGCCCACCGGUCGAUUCCGACCACGGUCCUCACUGUGCCGUCCUUUACAGACACCCACCCCGUCGAAACGGCGCUCGGGUUUGUGCGGCACUUGGCCGACCAGCACAAGGAACUCGGACUGUCCGAGAUCGAGUGCAACAACAUUGCACACACGUGUGUCGACCUGUACACCGCCGUGUGCGAUCACUGUAUCGCAUCGGCACAGUCCUGUCCAUCCAUUUUCAAUCUCCUUCACUCGUUCAAACACGUCUUGGAGCUGCGUGUGUCGAUCACGUUCGGCACGGUGGACCACAUCGACAACGUGGCCAAGGCGGUCGACCUUCUCGAAGACGUCCGUGCGUCGUUCAGCUCGGCCCAAAAGCGAGGACUCCAUUGGGAUGCAGCGUACGACGGUUGCCGCGUGCGUCAGGCGGCGCUGAAAAAGGUCUCGUUCACAAUCGAGACGAAAGUUGCGACCAACGCCAAGUUGACGAUUGAGCUGGAACAGAGGAAGCUACCCCUGCUGCAACAGCAACUCGACGACGUGGUCGCUGCAGUUGACCACGUUGAGCGGCAGCUUCGCAUCGAUAGAAAAGCGCUGGACCAUGUCGAAGUCGGCACCAUGACCGCAGCUGACAAACAGCACAUGCUUGGAGAAUGGAGAGCGUUCCAGCCACUCGUGCGCAUGACGACGGCGCUGUGCCUGGCAUUUCGCGUUCCUGAAGUGUCGAUGGAAGCGGCGUGCGACCUCAUGGACGACCCGGCGUUUGCAUCCAAGCUCAUUCACUUGGACCUGCCUGCAAGUGUUGCCACCGGGCCAUUCCAGCAAGCACUUGCGUUCGCUUUGGCCGACGUGGCUGUCCUGCAUACGAAACAGCCCAUGUUUGCAUCGGUCGUACGAUGGCUCAACCACAAAGCCAUGGCAGCGACUGCGGUCCAGACGCUGGCAGGGCUCCGCACCCAACAAACAGAACUCGUUGAGGAGGUGGCGUUGCGACGAGCGAAUUUGGACCAGCUGCGGGCAGAGGCUCUCGAGUUGAGUACGCACGUCGACACGAUUCGCAUGCGACGCGAAGAGCUCAGCAUGGAAGCGACGGAGGCGAAAACAAACUGCAAUGCGGCCAAGAACGAAGUCAGUCGGUUGUUUCCGCUGCAAUCGUUUGUCGAGUAUUACUUGACGUGGCUGCGUUCCAAGUACUGGGUGCACUCGACGUCGUCGUUGGCGAAUCUCCUUUACCUGGCCAGCGUCGUGGCGUAUGCUGGAUCGAUCCCGUCAUCGUCACGGCCCGACUGGAUGGCGACGCUAGUGUCGACCUUGGCAAGACAUGGCUUUGCUUUGCCGUUGGACACUGCCUUGAUUGCCGACAGUACUGCGUCCCUCGUGUCGAUUUUGGAGGGGGACGUGUGCUUUGCCAGUCGCGACAACUCGAUGAUGCGGGAGAAUCUGUUGCUGGCAGAUUGGUCGUGCCAGACGCCGCUCUUUGUGGACCCGUACGGAAUGGCCGAAGCGGCGCUCGUGCAUUUCUUCACCCGCAUGCAUGUUGCGCUGCCUGGCACACACCACACGGUUCUGUCGUGCUUGGAUCCGAAUCUGCUGGACAGCCUCAACCACGCCCUCCUCGACAACGCCAUCGUCGUGCUGCAUCAUUUCUCAAUGGACAAGUUCGACGUUGUGCGGCCGUUCCUCCAUCACCGUCGGACCCCUCUGACCCACUUGCUGCUAUUGAAGGAAGCAAACCGAACUUGGCAUCGCCACUGCAGCUCGGUCAAGUCGUUGGCGCUGCCGACGACUCAUGCACCUUUACGCCACUUGAAUGGCUCGUUUCAAAUCUUCCUUGUGGCGGGCGAACAGGUAGAGCUGACUCGGCAGGAGAGUUCGAUGCUGAAUGUUCUCGACUGUACGUCGGUCGAUCUCCUGCCAGCCUUGCAAGAGCACCUAGAGUCCCUCGUGGGGCUGCGACCUUGUGGAAACCUCCAGACGUCCGUGACGGAAUUGACCAACCUUCAAACCUUUGUCGACAUGCACGCGCUGUUGGUGAGUUUGUUGGUUGAGCUACAACGCGUCCCGACGCGAGAACAUUUGAUUCAUGCAAUUCUCAAGUACGACCAGCAACGCCGAGCGGUCGAUGCCAAGCUGGUCGACGGCAGUCCGUCGUCACCAAGGCCUCCCAAUGCACAAUCCAGUGAAGAUGGCGUGAGCUACUUGGCCACUGCGGCGACUUCCAUAGCCGAGAUGAUGCACGCAGUGCACCACCUUGGUUCCGUCGCGAAGCACUGCAUGCAUUCUGUGUCCCGCAUUUGCAAACUCAUGACUGCCAUCGCCCAUGAAGGCAGCGGUGCAGUCGAGACGUCCGUCGGCCGCGUCGCACACAUCGUUGAGCAGUUGCACGUUGCCGUGAGGUCAAGCCUUCCGCAGCACUGCCGGCGCCUCUUUGACUGCUUGAUCGCUGUUCAGCGCACCCCGAAUGCACCGCCGUUGACUCGUGUGAUAGAUUACUUGGCCAGCACGGGAUGGAAUGCAAGGCGACAACCGGCAACAAACCGUCGGCUUCAACGAAGCCGGCCAUCGUUGCAACGUGCCGGUCAUAGUCAAUUGCAUCGCCUACGGCGCAUCCAAAGCACCGACACCAAUUUGUCCGACGCCACCAAUGUUUUUUCCAACGACAGCGACGACGCAAGACCUGUCAACAUUCCACAUCGCCAGUCGAUGGCGCGUUGGAACUCCGUCGACAUGUUUGCUCACUUGAAUGCCCUCGAAGCGCUGGCUCCCGAAUGCGACGGCAUAUCGACGCACAUUCGUUGCAAUCCAUCCGCGUGGCAAUCGAGUGUGGCGCAAGCUCUCCAUGCAUCGCCACCGCAUUUUGUACUGCCGCUCACGUGGUCGACACCCCUGUCGUCGUUGCACAUCAUGCUCGUCAUGCGAUGCAUUUGUCCUGAACUCUUGACAGUCCACAUGGACUUGUUCAUUCAGGACGUGUUGUCCCUGGAAUGGAAGCCCCGGACGCCACGACACCCUGUCCUUAGCACUCUUGUGCUUGUCGUUGCCGAUAGCGAGAGCGACUUGGCAACGUGCCCUCCGUUGGGUAGCAAAGCCCGUCUGAGCUUUCGUUCCCGAUACAUGUUUGACCCGACGUCUCCAAUGUCCUUUACGGGUGCGCUGGACACGGCUCUGGCCAAGGGAGGGACGGUGGUCGUGGAAUUGGUGCGAGCCGAGGACUUUGCCGAGUUUUACCAUAUCUUUUGCCGAGCAAGCAAAGUGCACAUUGCAACGAAGACGUUGUUUGGAACCCACCGCGUGGUCAUCGUGUGCACGUCAAACGUGAUGCGAUCGUUGCCGCUGGGGUUUGUUCAAACGACUCAAGUGAUUUCGCUGCCAUUCGACACCCACACGAUGGUUUCUCAUGACCAAGAGCAGGAAUGUCGCAUGCACGUUGACAGCACCAUGGCUCGCCUCAGCCGUGGCUUGCGCGAUGUCCAGCUGGAACUGGCCGCGUGGAACGUGUGGCAUGCUGUCGGGUGGCACCAGUUUGUAGCUCGCCCGAGCCAUGUCAGUGACAUGGCUGUCACGUUGAGUCACAUUGGCGAGAUGAAUUUAGGAGCGGGCAGCGAAUCGGCCAGAGCGGCGGCGCUGGCCAAGCGGGUUGUGACGGCUGUCCAAGAUGGUGUGUUGGGUUCUGCUAUGAUCCACGACCACGAUCGACAUUUUCUGCUGCGUCAAUUUGUCGCCAAGUGGGUCGCCGCGUCGAAUUCCGACCAUCGCCGGGGCUCGAUCGAUCAUCCCGGUGACGAAAUUGGAGGCAGGGAUUCAUGUACCGACAACGCGUUGGGGGUUGGAGUUGCCCCCAGGAUGGCAACGUUCGUGCGCAACGUGGUCGCGCAGACCGAAUCGGCUGCUGUCCUUCGAUUGUGCCAGGGCCUCCGCCAUGUCCAAGUUGACACUCCCCACGAACAUGCCGUCGCAGUCUGCCGCCGCAUCUUCCGGGAGUUUCUUCAUUUGCAUUUCGCUCACACUGGACCCAGCAUCGGACACGCCGACCAGGACACCGAUGACAAUGACGUGACUGCGUCGGGGACCAUGCUCGUGACGGUGGCAGCAUUAAAGUUUCGACGGGCUAUCAAGAAGCUUCACGCCGUCACCAACGAGUCGAGUGUUGUCCACGGGCUGCUCCUGGACGAUCUCGCUCAAUGGAAUGAUUUGUGGCUGCACUGCUUGGAUCGACUCGACCAUUCUGGAGCGUUGAUGGAGGAGACCAAGCUUUUGCACUUGUACCAUCUUCCUCCACAUUGGGUGGGACUUCCUGAGGCGGCGGCACCGCUUCCACUGGCUUCGCUCGCGACACACAUGUCCCGAACGAGUGAUUUCUUUGGCGCGCUCAAAGAUCGCCUGCCCUCCGUGAUCCCUUUGGGUUGCCUCCACCGCCCCGACCGCUUCCUCACUGCGCUCAACCUUCAUAACGCUAGCGCGCUGAAGUGCACCGUCAACCAGAUGCAUCUGGAACUGGUGCACACGACCCAGCCGCCUCGAGUGGCUUCGACGGACAAAUCUGGCGUUCUUUUCGAUGACGUCGAUGGCACGCCCAUUGUUCGCUCCGUUGUGGUGUCGGGCUUGUGGCUCUUCGAUGGGCACGACAACCGCCCGUUGAUGGAUCAACUCCCGCCCCUCGAACUCCACUUGUUAGCUUCACCCCCACCGCUUGACGCACCCUCCACUGGCCUGUGCUCUGUCCAAUUGGCAUGGUAUCGUCUCUGGAGCCUGGAUCACGUCGGUGUGUGGCCAUUUGGCGACUCCCGCGUGUUUCAUUGUCUUGCGCCCAAGCUCUGGUACACGUCUGCUCACCGUCUGCCACGUCCCGAGAGUGCUAUGAUACUGUGCCCGUCUCUCGAUGGCGUGCCGAACGCAGUCGAGCUCCUCCAACGUCCGUCGACAGCAAAGCCAGUCGCCCCACACUAGGCGACGAUUGCAAGCUAAACAAAGACACAGACAACAAUUGGUAGAGUUCAAAAUGAGGCGGAAAAUUUCUUAGCUCGACCAAAGCGACGUCGGACAAGCCGUAGCUCGUGGCGACAAAAAGGCCGCUAGGAUUCGGCAGCGAUAGCGUCGGUCUCCUCCAGCAACGCCGCAUAUCGCUUUUGCAACUCGACUUCGCGCAGCUGCAGUAGAUCCACUUCUCGACCGAGCGAUUCCAAUCGCCGAGGCAGCGCCAAUUGCUCGACGAGUCGCAGUUGAUUAAACGCAUGCAGUUCGCGCGACUUGACGAGCCAUGCUUGAUGCGUCGUCUCCAGCGACGUACCAUAUCCAGCACACACGUUUUCGUAUCCGCCAUGCAAAAGGCCCGCCUUUUGUUCGAGUUUGUCUGCCUUCUUUACCAACUUCGCCUCCACUUCCUUGAGCGCAGCAAAUUCCUUGCUCAGGAGUUGGAUGCGCAGAUCGACUGAGAUGUCGUCCCAAUGGACCAAUUGGCCAGGUGCAAGCUCUUUGAUAUUUUUCUGUGCUGCUUGCCACGUCGAGUUCACGUCCAGGACACCGGCGCCGUGCAACUUUGCGUCCAGCGCCACGAGGUUGCGUGCCAACUGCAGCUCGUCGUUUGUGAAAACGUCGGACGACGGCGCAUUUGCUUGGCCUCGCUUGCGUUUUUUCUUCGAGCCGUCGCCGACAUCAGCCGCCAAGAGCGCUGCCAAUUCGUCUUGGAUAGCAGGGUCGUCAUUCAAGACUAACGACGUUGUAGAGGUUGGUUUGGGGAGCUGCUUUUGAAACACUGUUGAUCGGCGCAGGAGAGCUUUGUCGGCUUCGGCAGCCGCUUCGCGCGCCAACCGUGCAUCACGCUCCCCUGCGUCCUCCACACGACCGGAAUCUUCGUCAGCUGUCGGUGCGUCCACGGCUGGCAAGCUGAUUUCGUACUCUAGCUGAGCCUCCGGCAACGACGCAAAUCCACUUUGCAAUGCUGCGGUCUUUGCUCGAUGGCGUGCUUUCUCCGCGCGCUUCGACAUGUCCGUGAUCUCGUCACCAACGUCAGGAUUUAUGCCAAGCAUGUCCCGCAUGGGUGUCCGCAAUGACGAGCUGGGCGUGCGGAGGACGGACGACGGCCCUGGGGUGCGGCUUGGAGUAAUCCCUCCAUAUCCUGUUCCUUGCUGCAAGUCCACAUUAUCCCCACCUAGAAGGGGGGUCGCCGCUCGCGUCAUGGCCGCAAGGUUUGCCGCUUCCUGCAUGAUGGUCUCCCGGACAGACAUUUGGGGAGUUUGCGAAGCCUGGCCGGCAUGCGCGGGGGUUGCGGCUGGUCCACCGGGCGUGGCCAACGGAUUGUACACGGUCACGAGGGCAGUCGACUGCUGAGAUGUUGAAUGCUCCAGCGCAAGCAUUUGGGCCUGCGCAACGUCGGAAGCGCCUUGCUUCGCCAGCAGCCCCAAUUCGUCGUUUGUCACCAUGGGAGCUGGUAAGUCGAGUGCUUUCCGCUUGAUGAACGAGCUCGGGUCAUUCAGCUUGUUAAUUGCUGCAAUUUGUUGUGGUAAUGCUGACGACAGCAGCUUCUUCUGACGUUUUGCAUCCUCGCGGCGCGCCCGCUUUUCCUCCGCGUCGCGAUGGACGCCUUCAAGCUGGUUUAGGUACAGCGCGGUCUGCUUCGGGUCCAACGCAACGGCACUGCUUCGCUCCGCGCUUGUAUCGUAGAACCCCGCUGGCACCUUUUUCUCGAACGGAAUCUCUUUGACGUAGUCGAUAAACUUGCGCUUCUUACGGAGAUUCCCCAGUUGCUUGGAUUUGUCAGGGGUGAUGCCUGCAGCUUUGAGUUCGCGACGCUUUUGAAGACUAGCCAGUCGCUUGGCCUCUUGAAGCUGCUUUUCACGGGCCUUUCGCUUGGCCUUCUUGCCCUUUGUGUUGGCAAGACGAGCCCGGGCUUCGGACAGCAUUUCUUUCUCAUCUUCAUCCAUGUCGACGGGAUCAGGGCGCGCGGGUUUGUUUUCUGGGUUUGGGUCGAUCUCGCCUGGUCGUAGACGGCGAGGAUCAUCGGUCGCAGUGUCGUCGCCGUCCGCGCCUUUUUGAGCUUGGUCAAGUAACUUCUCGUAGUGUUCCAUGCAUUGGGCGGCCGUGCGGCCGACAAUCGGAGCAAUCGUCCGCCAUUGAGAUGGCAUCAACUUGGCCAGGUGCAGAAGCUUCUCCUCUUCUUCGCGGCUCCAUUCGGUCUUCUUGAUACUCGGGUCCAACCACUCGUACCAACGCGCCUUGCAUUGCUUGGCCGACUUGCGCGCGAGGAGGGAAGCGACACGUGCCCACUGGUUCUUGCCGUACUUCAUGACGGCAGCCUUGAGGAUCUCAUCCUCUGUGUUCUUCCACACCCCACCCUUGAUCAAGAUCCGCAUGGUCGUUGGGUUUCCUCGUUUCUUCCGUUCACUGGCCGCUCAGGACCGC